AUGGGAAUUAAAUUCUCUAAAACAUUGAAAAAAAGUAAAUCCUCACCUUCAACAAAUAUGCAAGAAGAUCCUGAUUUUAGAUAUAUUAAUGGUAGAAGAUAUCAUAAUGUUGAAAGCGUGAAAUAUCCUCUUCCAAAUGAUGAUGAAGAAUUGGAUAGAUUACAUCAACAACAUUUUCUACUUCGAUAUAUUUGGCAGAGAAAUUUCGCAGCGCCCGUCAAACAUGUUUUGAAUCAAAAUGGUUCAAAAGUUCUUGAUGUUGGAUUCUUGUUUUCAGCAAUUCCUAAAGACAGUUGGCCUAAUGUUAUCAAUGAAUUGACUAGAGUUUUGAAACCGGGAGGAUAUUUGGAGUUAGUGGAAAUUAAUCCUAUACCUCUUCAAACGGGUUCCGUUUCAACCCGAUUGUUCAUUGCACAAAGUCUUGAAAAUGUCAUAGAAGAAAAGAAUCGGUUACCAUAUGGUUCCGAAACUGGCAAGUUAGGUCAAGCGGCGGUAGAAAAUUCCAGGAUUGUACUUUCUCAUAUGAAGCCUUUUUUUCUGGAAAAUAUGAAGAUAAGUUCAGAAGAAUUUGAUAAUAAUAUGGAUAUUUUAGUUAAAGAAUUACUUGUAUGCAUGGCAUAUAUCUUGAGAAGAAUAAGAUCCGAUUUUAAAGAAAUUUUUUCACCUGAGACUGAUUGCGAAGUAUCCACAAUUAUAUCGCUUGAGCAAGCAAGAUUAGCAGAUAGAACCGGUAGAGUCAAAAUUCAAAGUACUUCUUCAGAUGAGCUCGGUGCCCACUUGGGUGCUAGAAUUCCGGUGGUACGAAUUGCUCAAUUGUCUAGUCAAUAUGCAAAACCACGAUCAAAUCCAUUCGAAGGUCAGGAUAUUCCAUCUUUUCGAGGAGAUAAUGUUAAUGGAUCUGAUUUGGAUGACAGAAAGCCCGAUCCUGAACGCCUUGUAAGAUCUUCAUUUCUCAGAAUGGUUACUUCAUCAGUUUGUGAUAGAACUCGACAAUUAAAUAGCGCACAUGUUGAACAUAUCCGUGGAAUACAAAAUCCUAUUGAGAUUAAUGUUGGUCCAAGUAUGCAACCUUAUGAACUCAAAGAAUUAUUGGAAAAAUACUUACCAUAUUCCAAGCAGUUAAGGAAUCAGGUCAUAUGGUAG